AUGGGCGCUGUUAGGAAAAUCAAGACCAAGCGCAGGACUCGGGACUACGAUCAAGUCCGUGCCGAUAUCCAAACGCCUAAGCACCUCACGCAGUACAAGGCUACCAAAGAUGCAGAGGAUCUGCCUGGUUUAGGGCAACACUACUGUGUCGAAUGCUCCAAGUGGUUUGAAAGUGAAUUCAACCUGGUCGGACACAGAAAGGGCAAGAACCACAAGAGAAGACUCCGUCUUCUCCGUGAGGAAGCCCAUUCGCAAAAGGCUGCGGAGGCCGCAGUCGGCCUGGGUACCGACAAUGGCGUGAGAGUGCAGGAAGAGACCGUGCUAGCCAUGGAAGAUUAA